GGAGCAGCCGCGAUGCGGGUCAGGAUGAUUUCAGCUGCCUCUGUCCUCGUCCUGCUCUUCCUGCCCUCGGAGACCUGCUCCCCCCUGCACUGGCCCCGGGCUCCAUCCUACCGGCUGGCCCUGGCCUCCCAACCCACCUGGGAGCCCUGGCCGGGAUCCCCACAGCCUCCGGUGCCCACCGCCGGCCCCCUGCCCCAAAGACUGUGCCCAGCCCAGGGGGCAGAGCCCACCACGGCCCCCCGCAGCCCGCGGGCUCUGCAGGGCGGCAAGAGGCGAGACGGCAAACCCAACUCCUUGGACCUCACCUUCCACCUGCUGCGAGAGUUCCUGGAGAUGUCCCGGGAGGAGAGACUGGCCCAGAAAGCCCUCAGCAACAAGCUCCUGCUGCAGAGUAUAGGAAAAUGA